AGAAAUGAACACUGUUACUUGUUGCUUGUGGUUGAUGUAGAGGAUGUACGUGAUCGGCAUUUCCCAUGAUAAAUGUGAAUAAAUAUUGCUUAUCUAUAUCUACUGGGAAAAUAUCACCGAGGGAGAACUUGUGAGGAUAUAUAUUAAUUGGGCUAUACCCAUUUUUUAAAGAAAUGCAAUGAAUAAUCCUUAAGAAAUAAUAAGGGUAUAUUUUGUACAGAGUGUAAUGAAAUGAAAUAUUUCAUUAGUUUAAAACACUCCGGGGUGACUAGGAUGUGGGGAAUCAUGCUAUUUAUAGCUGGAGCGUUGGUUGUUUCGUCAACAGGCUAUGAUACCGUGAUAGACAUAAGGCAGGAUAUCAUCAGUACACACGAAGGAGACACCUUGCCGAUAACAGCAACCGUUAGAGGCAGACUGAACGCCAGCAUCCACAUCACCUGGUUCCGUAAUGGUAGAAAGAUUCCGAACAAUACACGAUUCAACUACCAAAUUAGUCGUUAUGAAGCCGGGAACAAAACCGUCAUCAGAAGUGAUUUAGAGGUGACUAAGGUGAAACUUAUUGAUGCAGGGAACUGGACAAUCACAGCGAAAAACGGGAAUGAAACAGUGUCAAAGACGACUUUUGUUAAAGUGUACAAGAAACCUGUACUUAAAGCUAAGAGGAUAACAGUACUGGUGAGAGAGGGGUCUUCAAUAUUUCUUGUCUGUUACUGGACAGACAAUGGACAUGAAAAAUAUUUCCCUGAAAUCCUAUUGCGUUCAAAGACAGGCACACCGCUUCGAAACUGGAUAUCCACUCGGACGACAGAUAAUUCAUAUGCAGUGUUUCUGAAAUCUGAAUCCGCCAUCCUGGACAAAGGUUUAUACCAUUGCUACAAUAACAGAACCGAUGGCGUGUUUUCAAAACAGUCAAAAGAAAUUGACGUCCAAAUCUAUACAGCAGACGCUGUCGUGUGUCCGACUUCCUUAGACGACAAAGGGAUUAGCUGGACCAGUGCAUUUAAUGGCACAACAGAGUAUGGUGCUUGUCCGCCCGGUAGUACAGGGUAUUCUUCGAGAUUCUGUGAUAUUACAGGCAAGUGGAAUACCACGGAUACGUCUUAUUGCUCCAAUGAGGAGUUUGACUCCAUCUCAAAUGAGUUGGAUAACCUUGAUUCUGAAAUAGCGGAUGUUAUGUUGGAUGACGAUGAUGUGGAUAAAGCUAUAAACAAUACGCUGAAAAAGAUUGAAAUGGCAACACUCAAUGAUACAACAGCAGGUGACUUAAACAGAACGAUGAGAAUACUAGAAAGAGUAAUCGGCCUUACAAACUUUAGUUCCGGAAUAAUAAAUGAUCAGUCAUUUUUCGGAACUGUCGACAAUGUGCUGUCUACAAGGAACACAGGCGCAUGGACAAGAUUGUCACAGACAGCAAAUGCGUCUGAUGCUGGUACUGUUAUGAGUUUAGUCGACAGAUUUAGUGUUUAUGCCAGGCAAAAAAGACGAAAUUCAAGAAUGGCUAAUACAUUUAAUGGAACGAAUUUCGAUGUGCAAUUCGAUGACAUAAAUUCAGAAGAUAACAUCGCUUUUCCUGAAGUGGGACCCAAGAAGUCAUUUUUAGUAUUUCCUCGUCAGAGUCAAAAUCAAACAGGGAAUUUCUAUGCUGCUGUUAUUUACAGAACAAUUGCAAGUGUUCUUCCUUCUAAUAUUAGGAACGUUUCCAAAGUUAACAUGACUAGGAAAUCUACAUUCGUGAAUACACCGGUAUUGUCCUUUACGUUGGAUAACGCCCCAGAUGUACUGUCCCCGCCAUUAACAUUGACAUUCAAAACCAUAAAAAGCACUACUGAUUCAUCCUCGGCAAUGUGUGUGUACUGGGAUUUCCUAGCAAGAGGUGGGCGUGGCGCAUGGCACACUGAUGGAUGUCAGCGUAUAGAAUCAACAUCCAAUCAAAUAAUCUGUCAAUGCAAUCACCUGACGAAUUUCGCUGUAUUGAUGAGUCUGAAAUCAAACGUAGCAGACUCAGCGGUACUCUCUCAAAUAUCUUUGAUAGGAAGCUGUGUUUCAGUUGUCUUUGCUUCAGUGACGGUAAUGAUGCAUAUGAUAGUUUGGAGAAACAUGAAGAGUGAUGUGACAAUUCUAUUGAUGAAUCUGUGCGUGGCAUUAGCAAUAUCCUAUGUGUUAUUCAUAGGAGGGACAGAGGCCUCGUCCAAUGAGGUGGUCUGCAAGGUAACGACGUUUUUCCUCCACUCAAUGCUGCUUGUCAUGUUCAGUAUGAUGCAAUGUAUUGGAAUAUACUAUUUCCGGAAUGUAUUCCUGGCCUCCAUUUGGUUGCGUUUAGCAGAUCAAUUUUCCCGAAGAUCAAGUUUACCUUGGUUCUUAGUGUUGGGCUGGGCGAUACCAUUUAUUAUAUCAACGGUGACGAUUGGGAUUUAUGUGAACAAAACAUAUCAUAUAUCAAAUUAUUGUUGGCUCUCGGCAGAAAGUGGUUCACUGUACUUCUUCGUGGUUCCUGUUUGCCUGGUGGUCUUUAACAAUGUUAUCAUUAUACUCACAUUGCUGAAAGUAAGCCUUUCAAGAAUGAAACAGAACCCAGCACAGAUCGCUCAAAAUACGGAGAAACCCAACAUAGUGGCAAAAGCUCGAUCAGCCUUAAAGAACUUGGGAACCCUUGUACCUGCACUCGGUAUUACUUGGGCCUUCGGAAUCAUGUCUAUGAACGAUACUACAGAGGUCUUCCAGUAUCUAUUCACCAUCAGCAGUUCUCUACAGGGUUUCUUUAUUUUCCUGGUUCAUGUUCCUUUGAAUAAGAAGUUACGAGAUGCCUAUAAGAAGAAGUUCAAAUUCAUAGAGUCGAUCUCAAGCAGCCAAAAAACCACUGUAUCAACCGAACGUACAACGAAUUCAAGUCCGGAAGUCUCAAAGAUACCAAAGAGAAGAAAGAUGCAUCAAGAUGCUGCCGAAGACGGUGUAGUACGGUUUUCAAAAAUUGUCAGAGACUGGAAUCCGAGCAGUUGAACACGACAUAUUUUCAAUGGACAGAGAUACUCGGGACAGUCCUUUCUUAUUUUUGUGUUGAAGGAAUGGGUUGUACGUCUUAACAUUUCUUGUUUAAAAAUUUUAAGAGGUAUAGAUGGACUUGCACACAGAGUAUCUGUCGUGUGUUUUACAUGGAAAGAAAACUCUGGUCGUAUUAUUUAUUAUUUAUCUCAGCUUAUUAUUCCAUUUUGUAACAGAUAUGCCAUUUUUGUAUGUAGCUAAUUUUGAUACAAAAUAGAAAAUAGGAUUCCAAGUAGGACUCGUUGAAAUAUCUGAAAUGGAUUAUUUAUCCUAAAUUACCAUACAGUCAAUCAUGUUAAUAUAUUACAGCACUACAGUUGUGCAUCAUGCAUUUUUUUCCUAACAUACCACUUGAAAUAAAAGCUCAAUAUCAUAAUAUUUCCAAUGCGUACUGUAAAGUACGUUGUUGUUGGAGAAGUUAUGUAAUAAAACAAUAAAACAAUGCAAAUUUGUGGAAAGAUAUUUUGCUUGCGAACGAAAUGAAGUACAAAACACUGUGAAAUGUAAGGUAAUUCAAAAUUUAGAAAGGAAAUAUCAAAAAGAUAAUUUGUGGUCUUGUACUCAAUAAAUAACAUUCUACGUGGUCCUUUAUUAGACUGUUAUUUGAGUUGAUAUGAUUUGUAAUAUCAAAGUCUACGUUUUAGCGUUAUGUAUGUUAAAUUUCUUAAAUACCACAUGUGUUGAAUUCAAGAACGUACGCGUAGCAACAUGCAUGCAACCGGUUGUUUCUACAAUAACGUACAGAUAGCAACAUGUAUGGACAUGUAACUUGUUUCUACCAUUCAUCAUUCAGUGUUGUAUCGCAAUGUUUUGAAAAUAAAGGAUUAUUUCAUUGUCA